CUAGAAUAUAAAAGUUGAGCCGGAAAACAAAAUGAUUUCGCUCCCUCCCGAAAUUAAAUCAAACCUUAAAGAGUUUGAGUUUGAGUUUAAGAGGUGAAAGGUGGAGUGUGCUCUUAAGCCAACAUGAUGCAGCUUUUGCGCGUCUUCUCCUCCUCCAGGAACCAGUUGUCAAAGGGAGCUGCUUUAUCGUUGGAUUCUUUUACACAAAGCACCAGCUUUUCAACUGCCAGGCAGAAUUUUUCUGCUAAAGGAAGAAUCGGUGAUCAAGUAUAUGCUCCUUUUUCUAUCUACAAAGGCAAAGCUGCACUCUCCUUGAGUCCUGUUCUCCCAACAUUCACUAAAUUGGAAUCUGGAAGUGUUGUGGUUGAGCGACGUGGUUCCGUGAUGUUAAAGUUCAUGCCUGCAAUUGGUGAGCGCAAAUAUGACUCGGAGAAGAAACAGUUGUUUGCUUUAUCGGCAACAGAGGUUGGGUCUCUAAUCAGCUUGGGUCCCAAAGAUUCAUGUGAAUUAUUUCAUGAUCCCUCUAUGCAAUCAAGUAAUGCUGGUCAAGUGAGGAAGAGCUUAUCAAUCAAGCCUCAUGCAGAUGGCUAUUUUAUUUCUUUGACUGUUGUCAACAACCUACUGAAAACCAGAGAGAGUUUCUCAGUUCCUGUCACAACGGCUGAAUUUGCUGUAAUGAAGACUGCUUGCAGUUUUGCACUCCCCCACAUCAUGGGUUGGGAUCGGUUGACAAAUAAGGUGCCAAGAGGCAUAGAAGUGCACAAAUCAGAGAUGGCGGAACCCCAACUUCUGGAUGAAUGGGAGAGAUGAAGUCCACCUCGAUCUUGUCUUUAUCAAGCUUAAGGAACUUGAAUUUUCAAGAUUGUCUGCUUAGUGCUCUUUUUGUGUACUUAUCGUAUAUAAUGUAUUUUGAGCUGUUGCCAAAAUCUUAUUUCACUUGGGUAGACAUUUAUGCUGCUGCUUUGAGUAAAAUUAGCAGAGUUAGCUGGUGCUGCUAACUGGGUAGUUUUAGUAGCAGCUGAUCUUGUCUGAGUUUGUAUUUGGCUUAAGAUGCUUACAAGUGGUCAUUUGGAAACCAAAUUCAGUCUGUGAUGGUUUUAAACUUGUAUUAACGGAGUAUGAUUCAUGGGUUGUGCUUAAAUUCUCUGGAAAUAGACACUAAAUGGAUUCGUUUGUGCCUAA